AUGUCAGCACACACAGUUAUCGGAGCCUUACUCCAAGAGGGAACUUCUGCAUUAAGACCACCAUACUUCAACGGACAAUAUUACACUCACUUGAAAGUUCGAAUGGAAGCUUUCAUCAAAUCUUAUGAUGUCAAAGUAUGGCGAGUCAUCAAGAAGGGUGACUUUCCUCUCCUACAGUCCAAACCAGAAAAGAAACCAGAAAGACAGGUAUCUACUAAAACCCUUGAUAUUGAUGAUUAUACUGAUGAGCAUAUGGCAAUCGUGCAGAUAAAUUCAAAGUCAAAAAAUCUAUUAUACACUGCUAUAAGCGGAGAAGAAUUUGAGAAAAUAUUAAGUUGUGGCACAGCCAAAGAAAUGUGGGAUAAACUUGAAGUUACCUAUGAAGGUACCAGUAAAGUAAAAGAGACAAGGAUAAACCGUCUAAUUCGUGAUUAUGAGUUGUUUCAAAUGAAAGAAGAUGAAUCCAUUGAAGACAUGUUUGGCCGAUUUAGAAAAAUAGUUGGAGAUCUAAAAUCCUUUGGAAGACCAUAUUCAAGUGGUGAACAAAUCAGAAAGAUUCUAAGAAGUUUACCCAUUGUAUGGCAACCAGAAGUUGUUGCUCUUGAAUACGGAGAUCUCGACAAACUAUCAUAUGAUGAACUUCGUGGAGACCUUAUAGCUUUUGAGCAAACCCAUCUCAAAAAGCAUGAACAUGAAGAGAAGAAAAAGAGUGUUGCUUCUAAAUCAACUAUUGUUGAGUCUGAAAGAGAAGCCGAAGAAAAAGGAGACAGACAUCAAAAUGAUAUUGCAUUAUUUUCUAGAGUUGUCUCUAACACGACGCGAAGAAGCAAGAAAAAUGAAAGAGUCAAAUCAAGUUCCAGAAAAGGUAAUGAAAUAAGUGAGCAGAAAAACAAUGAUAGAAAAUGCUACAAAUGCGAAAAUUAUGGUCACAUCCAAGCUAACUGUCCAGAACUAAAAAGGAAACUAUCUAAGGGCAAUCGAAAGAGAAAAUCUUCCAGCAUAUGGAGUGAUGAAUAUAUGCCAGAUAAAAAUCAUAGUGGAGCUGCCAACCUUUGUUUCAUGGCACGAAGUGAGACAAGUGAGAAAAAAAAUCUUUUGGUGCCUGGAGUGAUGAAGAUAUAUCAGACAACAAUCAUGAGGAAUCUACAAGCAAUCGUAGAACAGGCUUUAGAAGAUAUGAGAAAAAUUCUUGAUGAGCUCGUGAAGACUAAACGGGAGAAGAAAAACUUGGAGAACCAACUUGAAGAAUAUAACAAGUUGAAAAAGGAAAAGGAAUAG